AUGGCAGAUCCAUACAACCCUUACAGUUCAUACUCAACGCCUACUCCAGGUGGGGUCGGUCACUACCCCCCGGACGGUCACUCUCAGUACCCUGCAUAUGGCAACCAGCAACACGGAAAUACCGAGCCUUACCAGAACCCCAGAUCAGAGGGAUACAGUCCUGGUCCAGAAGCAUACCAAUCCCCUCCAGACCCAAACCACGUUUAUGCUCCACAGCCAAAUGCAUACCACCUCGCACCCGAACCCUAUGCACCUGCUCAAGAGAGAAGUUACACGCCGACAGGACACCCAGACUACCCAGUCCCGGUAACCCCGACAGGCUACGAACAUGGGCAGGUCAGAGUCCCUGAGAACGCAGGAUACUACAACGACCACCCGGCCGACCAACCACGGUACACACCAUCCGCAAGCCCGCAUCCGCCAGCCGUGUACAUAUCAGAGCCAGAAGAUGCACAGCAUGCAGCGCGCGAGCACCGCUCUGAUACAGACACAGAGACUGAUCGGGGCAUGGACCGCGGACUCGGGGGUUCGCUCGCUGGCGGCGUGGCGGGUUAUUAUCUCGGCCAUAAGAAGGAACAUGGUUUACUGGGUGCGAUCGGUGGUGCUUUGCUGGGUAACUUUCUGGAGGAUAAGGUGAAGGAUCAUAAGAAGCGUGACGAUGAUGGCGGACAUCACCAUCGUCGGAAGCACCAUCAUCAUCGUCAUCGGAGUCACUCGAGGCAUAGUGAUCAGAGCGGACACUCUCAUGGCUCAGUGGUCAUGAUGGACGCUCUCAUGGCUCACAUGACGGACAUUCUCACAGUUUUCAUGGCGGACACUCUCGUCACAGUCACCAUAGGCAUAGCAGUCAUUCGCGGCACCGUGGUGAGGAUGAUUACUGAGUUGAAAUAG